UUUUGCCGCCCCGCAAAUACGUACACUCUUCCAAACAAAACAGUAAUUACUGAAAAUGUCGACAGUGGCGGCAUCCGCAAGGGCAGAAACAGCAGGCCACGAGAUAUUCGUUUCCCUCCUCCCCGCCGGCGGACCUCCAACACCACUCUCCAACAACUCCAUCUCUUCCCAACUACUCUUCGUCACCCAGGUCGAUCGCAUCUACCAGCCCCGCGGCACCACAACACCGUCACCAGCGAAACCAUCAUCAUCAUUGCCCAGGCAGAUAGUGGUGGAAUCACAUCGCUCCAGAUUCACAAUCCCCACCGACGACGACUCCUUCGGCAUCGAGUCCGUCUCCAAGGAGAUGUGUUCGAGUUUGAACAUCCCCUUCCCGUUGGAGAACAACAUCCACUGGAGAUCGCUACCAUCUUCGCCGUCGUGGACCAGAGUAAAGACCAGAGCAGAGCUGGCCUCCCACAUCGUUAGAACUGCGCACGGAGUCAUGGCAGGAACCAAACGCCGUUACGGUGACAUCGACGAAGGGAAGAAAGUGGAAGUGAAGAUGGUGAUGAACAUUGCAAAGAAGACCAGAGUUGGAGAGGGAGAGUAUCAGCAGAUAUGCAGGGCGCAACAAGAGGGACAGGCAAUUGAGGACCUCGAGAAGUUUCUGAUCCGCUGCCAAGAACACCACGCUGCUUCCACGCGAGGAAGAUCAGGAUAUGAGAGGACGUCAGUGGACGAACUUAAGCGUGUGGCCGAGGAGCACGUGACGAGGGUCGAGAAUGGUGUGCUGAUGACUGCGUCGGAUCGAGGUUCAAUCAUAGAUUCGGUGGCUCGGAGGGCUUGGAAUGAAUGGGGGCGAGUGCUGGUUUCCAGACUCGGGAAUGCUCUCACGGAAGUGGAGGCGGAUUCGAGUGGUGGUGGGGAGUGCAGCAUCUGCUUGGCUCCGAAAACGAAUUCGGUUGUGGUACGAUUGCCUGGUUGUGUGCACAGUUUUCACAGGGAUUGCGUUUUUCAGUGGCUUGUUCACCACACACCCAACUGUCCUCUGUGUAGAUCCUCUGUUUUGCCAUCUUUGUACCGCCGUUAGAUUUUGUUUAUAUUUUUUAUUGAAAUGUAAUAUGUAAAGACUACUACUGAGUUUUGAAAGAUUAUGUUGGAUGACACUGCUGAAAUGGUGAAUGUUGUUCAUAGUGUCAUCUGUCAUGACUGAUAAUGUGGUGGUCUUCAAUUAACAGUACAAAAGUAAGGAUUUUCUGAGUAGCAUCUCUUAAAUGGCUACAUGGUUACAAAACCUGUAAAAUUCCCUCUUCCACAUAACAUUCAUCUCAAUGAAUCAUACGAAGAACGAAAAAUUCAUUUCUAAUACUAUAAAAUUAACUUAUCUUU